AUGUAUGGCACAUCCCACACCUCCGUCCCCGCCCCGAUGAAUGGCAUCGGAGGCGAGCUUGUCGAUGGGUCGGGAACCAUCAAUCCUGCUGCUCUGAAUAAUUCCGUCGCCGCUGUUCUUCCCUCACCUUCCUUGGGAGACUCAGCGCCAGCAGCUCCAACGUCAAUAGCUACCCCCGCAGGCCUAAAUCCCCCUCGUGGCAUCAAGCGCAGUCGCACCCCCGAUCAACGCGCAAACUCGCGCGCGGAUGGUGACCAUGAUGACGAUGAACAGGGUCGGCGAAAACGAGGUCGUCCUCCCAAGACGCAACGGGCCCACGACAGUCAGAGUCAACAAUCGCCUGGGAGUGCGAGCGUGCAGACUCCCCGAAUGCAGUCGCAGUCGCUUCCACAGCAGACCAGUGUGAAUGUAUCGCCGCCGCAAGCAUCUCCCCCAGAGAAGGCGACACCCACCAAAACCGCUGUAGUGAAGGCGCUGCCCACGGUCAGAGAUCACACUACCGACCAGCUCAACGAAGAAGGCGAUGAGUAUAUCCCCAAGGAGUUUGACGAGGCUGGCGAGAAGAAGGUGGACGCCAUGGGUUACCCCCAAGGCGGCCGUGAGUUCAAAUGUCGGACAUUCCGUGUGCCGCUCCGUGGAAAUAAGCUGUUCAUGCUGGCGACCGAAUGCGCACGGGUGCUUGGGUAUCGAGACUCGUACCUGCUGUUCAACAAGAACCGAUCUCUGCACAAGAUCAUCGCAUCGCAAAUCGAAAAAGACGACCUCAUCCAGCAGGACGUUCUGCCGUACUCGUAUCGGUCGCGCCAGAUUGCCAUUGUCUCGGCCAAGUCCAUCUUUCGUCAGUUCGGCAGCAGGGUCAUCGUGAAUGGACGGCGUGUGCGCGAUGAUUACUGGGAAAGCAAAGCGCGAAAGCAGGGUUUCACCGAGGAUGACCUGGCUGGUGAAAAACGGCCGGGGGCCGGCAAGGCUCGAGACGCGGCCGCCGCGGAGGCAGCCAAUGCUGCGAAUUUGUUGCCGACCCUCACCCAUGGCGACGUCAUCUACAGCAAUGCGCUCGAGGCCAUGCCUCAUGGUUUGCCGGUCGGGGGCCCGUCCUCGUCCUCGCUGGCUUCUCUGCCGAUGAUUCACAUGGCCACCACCACCGACGAUCCCCGGCUGAGGGAGUACAACAGUAUACCUCGUGCGCGCCAGGAGAUCACGGGCCAGCCGUACCAAGACCGGUCGCAGCCCAGCUCGGCUGCUGAAAUCCUCAACCAUGCCUCGCACACGGCCGACUUCAACAAGAUUCUGAGCAACCAGCGCAGUUUCCGUCAGAAGGGCCUGGAGGAGUUUUACUCCAGACAGCGCGAGGUCCCCGAGACCGCGGAUCUCUCGCAACCCGGGCAGUUGGACGCCACCGCGUCGGUCGCCCAGCCCUUGCAAUCGCCUCAGAUGGCGUCGACGGGCUUGAUCAGCUCGACGCAGCCGCAGGCGAUUCUUCCCAACCAGGCGCCGAUGAUGGCCGGUCAGGCCGCCUUCCAAGCGCCCACGGGACACCAGCAGGGCCCUAUUGCGCAGUCUCCCAUCCAGCCCAUGCCCGCAGUUCGGCCCAAUCUGAUGCAUCAGCGCUCGAAUCCUGCUAUGUCCGGGGGCACGCCGCAACCAACCGGACCGUAUGGGUACCCGGCGCAACAACAGCAAAUGUGGGGUCAGCCACCUCCGCCGCCGCAACAAUCCCCCAUGUCCGCCGGUGGCCCGCAAGGGGGUGGGAUGCCACAGUAUGCGGCCCAGAUGCAUGCUCCACAGCAAUCUCCCUCGCCCAUGGGCCACGCUGUUCAGGGUCAACAUCACCCCUCGCAGUCACCGCGCGCGCAACAUCGCCCGUCUGUGGGUCAGAUGCAGCAGGCGUACCAGAUGCAUCAUCCGCAGGCGCCGCAGCAACAAGCUAUGGCAUCCAUGGGCUACCCCGGAGGGGCCGCCAGUCCCUAUGCUGUCGCAGCCGCCAGAGGCAUGUAUCCCUCCACACAAGGACCCGGAGGUCAACAGUUUAUGGCAGGAAACCCUCAGGCAGGAAUGGCGAUGGGGAUGAACCCCGGGGGUGCCAUGCCCGGCUGGCCAUCUACUCCCGGUGGGCCGAUGCAACCAGGUCACCCACAGCCAGGCCAAGGCGGAACUCCCCUAGGAGGGUGGUCGGGCUAUUAG